AUGUCGGCCUUCCACGUAUCGGUUUAUGACUUCAACAUAGAUCAUACCAGGACCUCCAGUUUCCAGACGAUCAGCUCCUCUCCUAAGCCGUCAUCAGGCCCGACCUCAAGCCUUACGAGGACGAUCUGCUCUGCUGUAGGCGCUACUAGCACUAAGAGCCGGACCAGAGCAGUUGGAAACGCCCCAGAGCCUGCUGGUAGUGAAACCCCCUCUAUGUCAGCGUCCACCGCCUCGUCCUCUCAAUCGGCUACAUUGUCUCAACCAUCUCAUUCUGCACCCACCCAAGUAGCAGGCCCACCCGCGCCAAUUCCUGCUCCAGGCAACGGCGACAUGUCUUCAGACUCUUCAAGUACCACCCGGACUGCGUCAUCUGAGCCAUCGACUCCCCCCGCAUCCGCAACGACAAGAGCUGAUGCCACUCCUUCUGUUCCUCCAUCGUCAACAGCAACACCUCCGAGAGCGACAUCGCAAUCUACUGCACAAAAUACUGCGCCUCCAGCAACUUCUAUCCGCCCAGCCUUAACUACUACAUCGCUCACUCUCGUUCGAGCUACUAACCCUGCCAGGACAAGCACAGUGACCACUCAUCCGGACACAACAUUGUCGAGCCCAGUUGUGCUCACUUCAACGGAUUCCAAUGGAAUCGACUUCUUGACCACGCCUCCUUUGGUUACCAUCCUGAGCACUUCGACGGAACCGGACGGCGGACUUGUAACCAUAACUCAGGUGGUCGCCAAUCCUGGUUUCAACGAUGGACAACGUGUGACGAGUGAAGCAGGUGGCAUUCUCCACAAUCAAGGCGCCCUUGCGGGCAUAUUCGUGGCAGUAGGACUCGCGAUUGCAGCAAUCAUAGGUGGUAUAAUAUUUCUCGUCUGCCGCCGACGUCGUAAAAAUCGUCGCCUGCGCUGGCUAGUUGGUAUGCGGCAACAGCAACCCCCCUCCCCCUCUGUGGACCCGUUCCAGGAUCCUUAUGACAGCUAUUCACAAACUUCACCGCAAAUGAGGACGGCCGGCAAUGCCCAGGAUGCUGUUAGUAUGGAACACAGGAGCGUCAGCCCAGCGAUUGAUGCACCAAUAAUGACCCAUAACCGCCGAAGUCUCCGCAAUGGAGGUGCAUCAGAGCCGCAUCCCCAACAUCUCGGGAAUGGGCUUCAACAUUUGGACAAUGUCGACCUUGAUUUGCUUGUGCGCAGUCCGUUCAGGAAUUCCUUUGCACCUUCAACACCCUCUCUUUAUCCUGCAAGUCUACCACCAGUCAAUGACGACCACGACGGUCAAGGUGAUUUAUCGAAGCCCGUUGCUCCCGUGACAAGUGUUCCGCCGAGGCCUCCCCGCUCCCAUCUCCGAGAAAGUGCCAAAAUCGUUGACUAUGCUCCACCUACUCCACCGGCAUCUAUUUCGUCCCAGUCAAACUCGAUGCCUCCGAGCCCUAUUUCUGAGGUUCGCCCCCAGGAAGCUCGCCCUCAGGAUAUAUUCACGCGCCGGACCCUCUUAGAUGUUCGCGCCCGUGCGAUCACCUAA